AAGAAGAGAUAAGGAAGGAAGGAAGGAAGGAAGGAAGGAGAUGGAGGAGGAGGAGGAGUAAAUCAGUGCUGGAGACUCGGACGCGGAAGAAGAAUCGGUCUCGGAAAAGGAAGAAGAAGCCAAACUGAAAGCGGCCCCCCUCGGGCGGACUCCACACUUGUUGAUCCAGCUCCUGGUCCGGCCUGAGAGCGGCUCACAGCUGCUCCCCAGCCGGCUUCCCGAGCCUUUCUCUCGGACCCGGAGCUGCUGGCUUCGGGCUGCACGGCUGAAAACAACAUCCCUGUCGGAAACUUUAUCCUGCCGCGGACGAACUCUGCAUUCAGCUGUAGCAGAUCGAUAUGUCAUCAUUUAUUCAUACGGCUUCCUAAGCGGGGAGCUCCGGGAAGCGGGCGGGCACGGCGCCCUCCGCUCCGCGCGGCGCCGCUGGGUGGCACCGCUGUCUCCGGGCGGAGGGACUCUGAUCUCGGCGUGGGGAGCGACCGUACGAAGACAUCGUCGAAAAAUCAGAUAUCACCGCCUUCCCGGAGCACCAAGCCCGUGUUUUAACGAGGUGGAUCCACAUUCGGUCAGUUUUUGUGGGCUUUGUGUUUAGCUAGCUGAGAGGCGGGAUUCUCCAGCAGCCACACCGACCUCGGCGCCCCUCCGCCGGGCAGCACCGCUGGCUCGAGCCGGAGCGAUGUCUCUCCAGCGGGGCACAGCGACGCCACGUUUACCGUUAAACUAAUCUCGUUUGGAUCACAAAGCCGUAACCCGGUGGCCUGGCUGUUAUUUCUGAACUCGGAUAAUUAGCUUCCGAAGCACGGGGAAACUCCGGGACGCACGCCGAGCACAGCGCACUGUUCCCGGGCUGCGCCGCUGUGGCCGGCCCGCUGGGAUGCCUCUCGGCCGGGGCUGACAUCGUCUGAUCCGGGCUUCUCUCCAGCAGAGGUUCACCUCCUCGUGUUGUCGGAGACUUUGCGUUGGGCUGGAGAUGGCCGACUCGGGUCGGCCCCGGCCGGCGGACCCUGACGCUGCGGACAGCCGGACAUCGAGCCCGCUGACCGUGAAGCGGAGGGCGCAGCAGUCCCCCGGGCUCCGGCCCAAGUACCAGAGCCCCGCUCCGGGACACUGCUUCAGGAAAGUCACCCUGACCAAGCCGACCUUCUGCCACAGCUGCAGCGACUUCAUCUGGGGGCUCGUGGGCUUUCUCUGCGAAGUCUGUAACUUCAUGUGUCACGAGAAAUGCCUGAAGACGCUUCGGACCGUUUGCUCGUGCAUGAGCCCGUCUUCGAUCCGGGUUCCGGUCGCUCACUGCUUUGGUUCGGCUGGUCCGAAGAAACGCUUCUGCUGCGUCUGCAGGAAACAGACGGAGGGAAACGCGGUGCUGCGCUGUGAAGUGUGUGAGCUGCACGUCCAUGCCGACUGCGCCGCCUUCACCUGCGCCGACUGUCGCAGCUCUCACCUGGACGGGACCCUGGAGCAGGAUACGUCCCAGCAUCACUGGAGGGAGGGGAACUUGGCGUCGGCGGCCCGGUGCGAGGUCUGUCGGCGGUCCUGCGGUUCGUCGGACGUCCUGGCGGGGAUGAGGUGUGAAUGGUGCAGCAUCACGGUGAGAACCAGCCAAUCGCAGCGGUCGUUACCUCACCGCGGUUCAGAUGCUCUGAGUCGCUCUGCACAUUCAGUUAGGAAGCAUGAAUGGCUCCUCUCCACUGUAUUGCAAAAAAAGAAAAAUGAUAAAAAUCUGGCAGCAAAUGUGCCACAAAAAGAGGCGGCGCUGCGCAGCUUCUACCUGCCCGACGAGCCGCACGACGUGGAGCUGCAUGAGGUUGGCGGGAUGCAGCGUCUCCACAGCGACGACGUCCUGAACCGGAACGGCGGCUCGCUGAAGGAUGGAGGAGACGCCUGGGUGCUGAGGACCAAACCCAGAGACCACGACGUCAUCCAGGUGUUCGCCGGCUGGGCCAGGUCGGCUUCUGUUUCCGUCUCCAUCUCAGGAAGCAGCACGACGGCUUCGGUGCUCGCCGAGGUCCUCAAACACCUGAACAGACAGGACGAAGACGUGUCAAACUUCAGUCUGCUGGAGGUCUGCAUGAGCAGCAAACAAGUUCAGAGACAAACUCUGACGCCUCAGGAGAAGAUUCUGGACAAACUGCAGGAGAUCAGGAAGGUGUCUCUGCGGCAGAUGAACCAGACUCGGUUCUACGCUGUACAGAACCAGAACCGAACAGUGCAGGUCAACCUUCUGAUCGGAGGACUGCCCCCCCUGCUGGCCAAAGAGGAGUACGUCCAGCUGAUCCAGGAGAACCUCGACAUCAAGAGUCACCUGGUUACCAUCAGCCACAUAUACAGCAGUCAAGGUGCGGUGGCGCUGCUGAUUUCCUGUUUCGCUGAAGCAGAGAGGAUCUACAUGUUGGCCAAAGACACGUCGGUCAGCAACAAGCCGCUGACUUCGCUGGUCAUCCCAGAGAUCCUGCACGACCAGCUGGGAGCCGACGUCUGUCCGCUGCUGGUGUUCGUCAACCCGAAGAGCGGCGGCCUGAAGGGCAGAGAGCUUCUCUACAGCUUCAGGAAGCUCCUGAAUCCUCACCAGGUCUUUGACAUUUCCAACGGAGGACCGCUGGCUGGGAUCGUCCAGAUGAACAACUACUUUGGUAUCGGCAUCGAUGCAGAGCUCAGCCUGGACUUCCACCUCGCCCGAGAGGAUGAACCUGACAAAUUCACCAGCAGGUUCCAUAACAAAGGUGUGUACGUGAAGGUGGGCCUGCAGAAGAUCAGCCACACCAGGAGCCUCCACAAAGAGCUGCAGCUGCAGGUGGAUGCUCAGAACGUGGCUCUACCCAACAUAGAGGGGCUGAUCUUCCUCAACAUACCCAGUUGGGGUUCUGGUGCGGACCUCUGGGGAUCAGAGGGCGACGGGCGCUUUGGGAAGCCGAGCAUCGACGACGGACUGCUGGAGGUGGUCGGGGUCACCGGGGUCGUCCACAUGGGUCAGGUGCAGAGCGGCCUGCGCUCAGGGAUUCGUAUUGCUCAAGGGAACUACAUCAGGCUGACGGUCAGCAAACCCAUACCUGUGCAGGUGGACGGAGAGCCGUGGAUCCAGCCGCCAGGUCACAUCAUCAUCUCUGCUGCUGGACCGAAGGUUCGGAUGUUGAGGAAGUCCAAGCAGAAGCAGAAGAAGUCAUCAGCCAACGUGAGGAACGGAUGCUCGGAGAGUCCGUCUUCCAGAGACGAGGGACACUGACCAGCUCACCUGCACAUCAGCGUCCUGCCUUCACCUGCUUCCUUCUGCACCGGGAGGCCAUUGUGGAGGCAGCAGUGAAGUCCCUCAUGUAGCUUUGUGUCGACGCUGACGAGCCGCAGGGUGACCCGAACAACGGAGGAGGUCUGACUUUAACAGCGGGACGGAUUCUUGGAUCAACACGAGUCGGGUUUGGGUUUCAUUCCUGCUGUCCGAGCGCUCACCAGUUACACAGAUCUCAGUAACAGAGGCUAAUAUUCCUUUUUUUUUACUUCAAACAGUAACAAGAACUAAAGCCAUCCACAGCUAGAGAUUGGGAAAGAAUUAACGUUGAGUUUUACAGUUUCUCAGAAUGAAUAAGCUUUGUGCUGGAACAAAAACACCUAGAAAACUAUUGAACAUGGGUUGAGUUUCUGUCCAGGUGUGACUGUUCGUGUGCAGUAAGUAGCAGUAGACUCACUGGAUAUGUCCUCAUAACUUCUGUUGUCAAGCGUAGAAUGAUGAUGAUGACCUCAGUGUUGGUCAUCAUGUCAUCAGAAAACAUGGAGAGAGCGAACAGUGAAGCUGACGGGCAGUUUGUUCAGAAGCUGCUGCCACAUCAUGUUUAUCUGAACCACAGACCUCCGGGGAGCUGCCUUCUUCUUCUUCUUCUUUUCCUUCUUCUUGUCUUUGGUCACGCUGGCUUUAUGAGUAUCAGAAGACAUCAGUCAUGUUGCAUCAAGGGCUAAUGAGCGCGCAGGAUCAAACAGCUAAACCUCUGAUGCUCUGAAGCCACAGUAACCGCGGCGUGUAACUGGAAGCUUCACACGGAUUCAUGUCGAGGUUACUGAAAAAUAACAGCAAAGUCUGGAGCACAGCUGGUGUUCCUACAACACUGGCUGCAUUUGGUGCCUGCAGAGCUUGAAGCAGGUUUUACUUUGGUUCUGACAGUAAUUUAAAUCCUGUUUAAUCAACAAAUUCUUAUCUUAUAAUAACAAUAACAACCAAAAAAUAUCAGUCAAUAAAUUGAGAGUAUGACGAGUAAGAAAAACUAGAAAAUAAAGAAAAAGAAUGUUAUAUUAUUUAUAAGCAAUAAGCAGCUUAAUGUUGUUUUAAUCGGCACAAAAAGAACAAUUUGCUAAAAUCAUGAAAAGUAACCAGUGCAUAGAAGUCUUUUAACUGCUUGCCUGUUCUUAUCUGAGAUAUAUAACCUGCCCUGAAGAAGUGAGGUAAACAUGAAGAAACAGCCGGUGUUGUAACUACAUGUUUAAAUAUCUCCUGAUUUUUAAGGUCAAAAUCUUUUGAAACCAAAUUGUGCUUCAGCUUCAUGUUUUUUUUUCAGUUAAUUCUCACAGCUGGUACGUGUGACGGACUUUUCCUCCUUUCUGCCUUCUCUAACAGCAGAAAUCUGCUUUUGUUGUUGAAUAAGUGCAUUUUAUAGAACUAGUUUAUGAAGGCGCCUUGCAGAACAGAAAUCAGCAAUGGAAGCACUUACUGUAAAUACAAAGUUUAAGAGGUAAAGCAAACCGCUAGCAACAUGUCUCCUGGUGAAACCUAGCUCAGUGUUAGCUUUGUGAGUUUGUUGCUAAGUUUACCGAAACAAAAUUUCAAAAGGUUUAAGAAAAUAAAGGGUAGAUUAUUAAUUAAAAUAUUGCUAGCUUGGUAAGCUAGUUGGCUAGUUUAAUGGCGAGUUAUACUGAGCAAGUAAAACUUUUCAGGACAAUAGGGUUUGAAUAUUUAAUUAGUACUUCAUUUACUAAUUACAACAAAAAUCAGAGGUUUUUACUGCAGUUGUCCCAAUUACAGGUAGCAACUGAAACAUGAGACAACUAGCUUAGCACAAGCUUGGUGAGCUAGUUGUUAAGUUAGCAUGCCAAAACAGAGUUUAAAAUUGAAAAUGGUAAUUUUAGUUGAAUAAAGUAAUAGAGAGGGUAUAAAUCUAGAAAGUAGCCAGUAGAUACUAGCUAGACAACUAGCUUCAUUACUAGCUCACGCUAAACUAAACUGACAACAUUACUAGUUUUACAAGCCAGUUAGCUAGUUAACAGCAAGCUAAAGUAAAAUGCAACCAUAACUACAUUAAAAAAACAGCUUUUAUUUUUAUUUAGGGAACAAAACAAUAUGUGUUAUUGUGAUUAUGACACUGUGAUGAACACUAGCGACAAAACUAGCUAUGUCACAAGCUACACCAAACUAGGAACUUGGUAAGCAAGUUAGUUAACACAAAAGCAAGCCAGAUAGCUAAAACAAAUUUAAUUUGUAAAGUGAAUUAAGUCAAAACUAAGAUAUAACAAAAAAAAAUGAUAUGCAAACCAAUGGUGUAAAUGUACUAGUAUGCGAGAACAAAUUGUGUAAUUAUGAUUACAGAUAGGUCCAGAGUAGCUAGCUAGCAGCUAAAAAAA